UAGUGUGUAACCUUUUACCGGAAGUGCCAAAUAAUAACAAACAACGACGACAGUAAGAACAUUCACACUUCAAAUGUCAUUUGCUGGUAACUUCUGGUGACAUGAAAGAACAUUUGCAAAAUGAUUGAAUUUUGCACUCGAAAGCGCAUGGUUUUAACCAUUUUAAUAUUGCUGAGCCUGACUGUGAUAACACUGUUUGUUGAGGGACAUUGGUCGGCUAGUCACAAGCUAGCAGAUAUAAACUCAGCUACAGAAGAACCGGAAGGAAGAUGUAGGUCAAAAGAAUUGAAGAUAAUAUCAGAGUGUUCACCAUGUAAACCCUUGGAGAUGGAGCAAACAUUCUGCAUUAAAACUGGAUACCAGGAAAAAGUACAGUGUGGAAAUGACAAAAACAGUACAUUUAGUCGCAGUUGUAAGCUAGAUCCAUGGAUACAAGAGAAGCGGUUCUGGAUGUUAGAGAUCGCCACCUGCAUUGUGGGUCUGCUGUCAUACAGUGUGGUCAAGUACAGACAGGGCAUUUUAGACCAGCAACUACUGGAGAAAGUCAACAGGCAGAUUGCUGCCUAAAUGGGCUCAAAUGAACUUCCUUGGAGCAGAUAGCAGUGCAAUAGUGAUUUCCUUCUGCAAGAUCAGAAACUUUUUAACUCCUCAAAAAGUUAAGCCCCUUUUGGUGCCCUUAAGAUACCACAUUGAACUCAAGAUUAAAACGUCUGGACAUUAAGUUUUCAAGGUGGUGCUGUUAUGAGAUAUCAGAUUUGUUAAUGAAACAAUUAUUUAGUAACACAGACAAAUAAACAUUGAAUAAUGGGGCAAGUUAUAUAUACUAAAAAUAAAAAUGAUAAAGGAAAAUAAAUAAAAAGGGUUAAUGUCAAAUGCAAGGAAAUUAUAUUGUGCUUUUUCUUAAUCACCAUUGUUUACAAAGGGUUUUAACUAAAGUCAUGUGGACUUUGCUGUUGUUAGGGAUUCACAUUUGAGCUAUACUCAGACCCAGUUCUGUUUGCUUUGGGAGCUGGAGCAGAGUGAUGUCCCUUUGUAGAGAUGUCCUGUUGUGUAUCUAAAGUUGCCUCUUUUGGGACAUUUCUCUCAGUAAUCAUAAAGGCUUACAAAUUCAAUUGUAUACAAGAAUUUUUUGGGGGGUAUAAUUCACCUUUUUAUUACCGGUGGCAUUUGCAAAGUUACAUGUACAUGUAUGUUAUUUAAGACAUUGUUUGUUUCACCAAGAAUCUGAACACCCACUUGUGUAGGCUCAUUGCAAAAACAGAAUGAUAUGCAAGACCCUGAAUCAAAAGUAAUAGUUUUUGGAGUUGCAGUAUUCUAACUAAUGCUUUUAUUUUAAUUUAGCAUAAUGCUUUUUUUUUUCAAGAAUUGUUUUUUAUAAAUUACCAGAGUACUGAUUGUAUGCACUCUGAAUCAUUUUUUGUUUUCUUACAAAACAAAAAAAUAAAUUCCUUAUUUAAAUUAAUGUUAAUUAGUGUCUGAGAACUGGUAUCAAAGUAAUAAAAUGUAAUUGUUUUAUUAGCAAGUGAAAAAAGACAUCAAUGCCAUUAUUUACAUAACGUUAAUUUUAAUAUGGCUUAUUACAACUGUUUAAUUAUUUAAAAAUUAAAACUUGUAUUCUUGUCAAUGAUUCCGUACACAUUUUGUGUAGUAAUGACAUAUUUUCUGCUCUACAUAUAUAUGUGAAAGCCUGUAUAUUUGUGUAAUUUAAUUUACUACAUUUUGUUUUAUUGUAUUUCUGUACUAUAAUGAUAUUUAUUUCAAGAAGUUUUUUUGUACAAAAACUGCUGUAAAUUAAAUGAAUAUUAUAAAUUAAAUGCUUAAACGUU